AUGGAGCCCGAUCCGUCCCAGUCGCCGACUGGGGGAUCUUCCUCGCUCAUCUUCCUGGGAACGGGCUGCUCCGGCGCGCUGCCCGACGCGCGGUGCCUCCUCAAGCCGUCAACGCCGCCCUGCGCCGUCUGCUCCAUGGGCAUCUCCCAACCGCCGGAGGGGAACCCCAACUACAGGCUCAACACCUCUCUCUUGAUAGACUAUUGCCAUGACGAUGGAACCCACAAGUACAUCCUAAUCGACAUCGGCAAGACAUUCAGAGAACAAGUUCUCCGGUGGUUUGUCCACCACAAAGUUCCUUAUGUUGACUCGAUGCUGUAUUAG